CGACCACUGAUAACAGAUAAAAAGGAGAAAAAGCCUGCCAGUUCUGAAAUAGUGAAUUCAGAGUCAAGUGCGGAGCAUGUGUACAAACUAAAGUCUACAAAGUUAUGUUUUCUCAAAAUAACUACAUGAGAGAUGGCCCCUCACGGGUUUCCAAUCUGCUUGACCAAGUACAUAGGUCACGAUUUGUUAUCCCAGUUCUGGGACUGCUAAAUGUUGUGCUGCUGGUGACUGCUGUGGUUCUGGGGAUUUACUGUAGCAGGACCCAGGAGGUAUACCUGCAACCUCUGCAGGGUUCAGAACACCUUCCCUACAUCCUGGAGCUCAACUACCUCCGGGAAAACCACAGCGAAGUGGUCAAAGCUACGAAGGCGGCUGAGAUGGCCUUGAGGCUGGAAGUAUCAAAGCAUGACGCCCUCAAAAAGCAGUUGGAGAAGCAGACCAGCCUCAACGAUGGCUCCCAGAGCCACAUUAACAGGGCUCGCGCGGAGAAGGACAAACUACUCGCUGCUGAUCAGCACAUGGAAAAGUCCUGCGGUCGUUGCCAGGAAGGCUGGGUUCUCCUAAAUACAAGCUGUUACUUCUUUUCCAACGUUCUAACGAACCAACCGAUCAAGAAAAACUGGCCAGAUAGCAGGCAGGACUGCAUCAGUCGAAAGGCGGAUCUUGUGGUGAUAGAGAGCUGGGAGGAGCAGGACAUGUUGAACGACAACGUCCCAAAAAUUUCCACAUCCGGUUGGUGGGCGAGUGGGUUUUGGAUGGGCUUGACGGAGAUCUCUGUGGACAACAGAUGGGUCUGGACUAACAACGUUACCCACCAACCACCGUUCUACUGGAUCGAUGGGGAACCGAACAGGGAGGAUGAGAACUGUGCUGCUUUCUACCCGGGCAGAGAUGCAACACAUACGUGGUAUGAUGGACGCUGCCACGGACAUAUGUUUUACUGGAUGUGUGAGAUGAAGCUAAAUGAACAAUGAAACCCCU